GCCGUGAUGUGGAACUCCUCAGAGCUGUUCCUCAACGCUUCGGAGGGCAAUGGCUCUCGGGACCAAGGGGACGAAGGGGCUCACCCCUUCUUGACAGAUGCCUGGCUUGUGCCUCUCUUCUUCUCCCUCAUCAUGCUGGUGGGACUGGUGGGAAACUCUCUGGUCAUCUACGUGGUCUCCAAACACCGGCAGAUGAGGACUGCCACUAACUUCUACAUAGCGAAUCUGGCCGCCACGGACAUCCUCUUCCUCGUGUGCUGCGUCCCCUUCACCGCCACGCUAUACCCCCUGCCCAGCUGGAUUUUUGGAGACUUCAUGUGCAAAUUUGUUGCCUUUCUUCAACAGGUCACUGUGCAAGCCACCUGCAUCACCCUGACAGCCAUGAGUGGAGACCGCUGCUAUGCCACGGUGUACCCCCUCAAAUCCCUGCGCCACCGCACCCCCCGGGCCGCCAUGAUCGUCAGCAUCUGUAUCUGGAUCGGGUCCUUCAUUGUCUCCACUCCCAUAUUAAUGUACCAGAAGAUCGAAGAGGGCUACUGGUAUGGUCCCAGACACUACUGCACUGAGAAGUUCCCAUCAAAAAGCCUUGAGAAGGCCUUCACCCUCUAUCAGUUCAUAGCCGUUUACCUCCUGCCUGUGCUCACCAUCUCGCUCUGCUACUCCUUCAUGCUCAAGAGGGUUGGCCAACCUACAGUGGAGCCUGUUGACAACAAUUACCAGGUCCACUUGCUGUCGGAGAGGACCAUCGCCAUAAGGAGCAAGAUCUCCAGGAUGGUGGUGGUCAUUGUGUUGCUCUUCACCAUCUGUUGGGGACCCAUCCAGCUAUUCAUCCUUUUCCAGUCUUUCUACCCCAACUUCAAGGCCAACUACACCACCUACAAGAUCAAGACCUGGGCCAACUGCAUGUCCUACGCCAACUCCUCCAUCAACCCCAUAGUCUAUGGAUUCAUGGGUGCCAGUUUCCGCAAGUCCUUUAAAAAGGCCUUCCCCUUCCUGUUCAAACACAAGGUGAGGGACUGCAGCAUGAGCUCUGGGACAGCCAAUGCUGAGAUCAAGUUCGUGGCCACUGAUGUGAGCAAUAACGAAGCAAAAUAA